GUGGGCGCUGGGCGCCGCAGCACACUCGCCAGUCUGUCCGGUCGGGGCUGACCCUGCGGCCUGCUAGGGUGGGAGAGCGUGUCUUGCCUCUAAUCACGCCAAACCCUCGUCCAGUGUAGGCGGUAAGAGACGUCGGGGACUGAGGCCUCUUCCCUUACCAGGCACCUAAAACCUUUUCUCCGAUUGGGCUAGUUCGCUCUGGGGGAAGACCUACACCUCCUACAUUCACCCUCUACCUCUCAUUUUAAGUCCCUUGUGCCUGAGCAUUUCUCUCCACGUGACUCUUAAGGUGAGAAGCAUGUUGCCCAUCCCUUUACUUCGUAAUUAACGGGUGUUGUGACCUGAUAACCAGUCUGCCCCACUACCAGGGAAAUUGGGAGUCGGGGCUACUGUAGGCAUAAGGGGAUACCGACAGACGGUCUGGAUGUUUUUCUGAGACUGAGAACUCCUAAACUUGCCUGCUGGCAUCUGCUAAGGUGUAUCUCUGCCCCAGCCGUCCUGUAUUACAGACCAGCCUCUGCUUGCUAGAGGAGUUUAAUUGCAUCUGCAGCCCAGGGUUAGCCUCUGCCCUGGACAGUGGUCACUGAUUAUUUAGGGUUAAGUCUAUUUAGGACUAAUCCAGUGGGAGCUGCCAUGCUUGAGGUUAGUAUUCCAUUGGGUGUAGUUCAUGGGGUAAGUGGUCAAAAGUAAAAUGAAUAACUCUUUGUAUGGGCCGUGAAGUUUGUUGUAAUGAACCAGGCCUUCAUAACCCUUUAUGUAAGCAGGUUGCCACUGCCCCAUAUAGUGCUUUGUAUAAAACAAGCUUGUCCAUCCCGCGGCCCGACACAAAUUUGUAAGCUUUCUUAAAACAUGAGAUUUUUGCGAUUUUUUUUUUUUUUAGCUCAUCAGAUAUCAUUAGUUUACUGUAUCUUAUGUGUGACCCAAGACAGCUCUUCCAAUGUGGCCCAGGGAAGCCAAAAGAUUGGACACCCCUGGUGCAUUAUCGUGAUGGCGAGCACCAAUUCUCUGAUGUGGACCUUCUUUAGCCGGGGCCUCAGUUUCUCCAUGUCUUCAGCCAUUGCAUCGGUCACAGUGACUUUUUCAAAUAUCCUCAGCUCGGCCUUUCUGGGCUAUGUGCUGUAUGGAGAGUGCCAGGAGGUCUUGUGGUGGGGAGGAGUGUUCCUCAUCCUCUGCGGACUCACCCUGAUCCACAGGAAGCUCCCGCUCACCUGGAAGCCCCUUCCACACAAGCAGCAAUAGCACCACUUGGCUGGAUGAACCAGCUGGAAAGAUCACGAUGGUGGCCCAGCCUUGGGUUGGCAUGUGGGACUAUGUCCGAGGGCAUCCCAGGUGUGCAGCCUGACCAUCAGCCAAGGGAAGAUGCCAGGCCUUUCAAGAGAAGCAGGCGUCUGACGGAGUAGGCUUAAAGGUGGACAGCUCUGGCUCUGUAAGGAGAGCUGCAGCCACAACAGUAUUCUGCCAGAGAAGCUUUUUGAUCAUCUGUGCAGUGCUUUGGAUUCUUGCUCACCCCAGUGAGCCUUGGCAGAUGCUGGAGAUCCUGCGGUUGGUCUGCUUUGUGUAUAGUACUUAAAACCGGCUGCAGUUACUGUCCUGUUGCCUAACAAAAGCCAGUCAUGUAAGUCAAGAAGCAGUGACUGGAGGGGCUUUCUACCAACUCCAUGCUGAUGUAUCAGGCCGUCUAUGUCAUGCUUAUAUAUUAUGGCAAGAAGAGGAAAACUGGGUUAAUAAAUACUGUUUUGUAAGUUAAAACUA